AUGUUCAAGAUCCACACUCUUGCAGCAGCGACCGCCCUUAUCUGCGACGCGCUCGUCAGAGGCGCACCCACGCACGAUGCGCGAUGCCCAAGACAGUCUGCUGACUGUUGGGUACGCCGAAGCAGUGUCCUUCCACCUCCGCCGCGUUACCCCAAUGGCGGCUUCUACACAGGCCUGCCGGCUGGCGCGUUGCUGGAGACGAACAACACGCUGGAUCAUCCGACCGGGCCUGAGUAUCAGCUAGUGGUCGGCGAAGGCACGUAUGUCCUUCGAGAUGACAUGCACCUGGCGACACCGCCGCCGCACCCGAGCGAUGCGCCGCAACCGAAUAAUAAUCCUCUGGCGAUAAACACAGGCCCACCAACUGCAGGAACCAAGCUUUCAACAGCCGUCAUUGCACCACGGCGGCCCUUUUCACAGAGUCUGUUCCGAAUGACGACAGGGCAAAGCGGUCGCUCGCCAAUACCGCCCAGCAUACAAGAAGAAGCGCAGAGCCCAAAGAGCGAUACAGGCUCGAUUGUGAAUGGCUUCGGUUCAGCGUCAUACUAUGCGCACAUGCCGACUUUUGGAGACAACAACGAUGCGCUGCGUCCCGCGCCGGCGAAGAACAGCAAGAAGGAUCAGCGAGCGAAGCCAAAGAAUAACAUUGUGAAGUCGAACUCGUCCUACGUUUCGAGAGUGAUACCACAUGAAGCGUUACAAAAGCGCUUGAGCGAUCGGUCGCCGGAUGGCCUCAUGGUGUUUGCAAAUUGCAACCGAGCUUUAAUGUGGCUUGACCUAACGUCAGAUGUCAAGACGGAGAACAUGACCAAGAUUCUCUUCACGAAAGCGCACGUGCUAUGCCACGAUGUCAACGAGGCGACAAAGUCAACAGCGCAUUUGGAUGUCAUUCUUGGUUUCAACACGAGUGACAUCAUCUGGUACGAGCCGAUCUCGCAGAAGUAUGCACGAUUGAAUAAGAACGGCGUGAUUAAUCCGUCUCCGAUUUCGACAAUUCUCUGGCUCCCGCACAAGGAGAAUUACUUCAUUGCAGCCCAUAUGGAUGGCACGCUAGUCGUGUACGACAAGGAGAAAGAAGAUGCGGAAUUCGUGCCAGAGGAGCUAAAUUCGGUCGAGAACGGCUUCGAGAAUGACAGUCCCAGCACAAAAUUCCAUAUCAAGAAAAGCGUGCAGUCGAAGAAUCAGAAAACGAACCCCAUAGCAGCAUAUCAAAUGUCGAAUAUGAAAAUCAACAACAUGGCUUUCUCACCGGACGGCCAAUUACUCGCUGUGGUUUGCGAUGACGGAUGUCUGACAAUCUUCGACUACAUCAAUGAGCGCGUGCUGGACGUAUACCGAUCUUAUUACGGUGGAAUGCUUUGCGUGACGUGGUCUCCUGACGGCCGCUAUGUCCUUACCGGCGGACAAGACGACCUGGUCAGCAUCUGGUCCCUUGUCGACCAAGCGCUCGUGGCCCGCUGCGUGGGCCAUGACUCCUGGGUCACGGAUGUCAAGUUCGAUCCAUGGCGGUGCGAUGAAAGGAACUAUCGUUUUGGUAGCGUAGGCGAAGACUGCAGGCUACUGCUGUGGGACUUCUCCGUGGGCAUGCUUGGGCGGCCCAAGGCGAUGUCUGUCCGGCCUAGAACUAGCGUAUCGAGCCACUUCGCGAUGAACAGGAAGGAAUCUCAUGGCAGGUUACGGAGUAAUUCGAACCGAACGCAGUCGCAAGCGGACGGUGUCGACGGUGAAAGCACGCGGCCUCAGGGCGUGCAUCCCGUGGAUCCGAUGAGGAGCACGGCUGUGCUGCCUCCCGUGAUGUCGAAGGUGGUGGACACUCAUCCGCUAACUUGGUUGGGCUUCGAGGAGCGUUGCAUCAUUACGGCGAGCAAAGACGGGCGCGUUCGCGAAUGGGACCGUCCAAAGGACAGCGACGACAGGCAACAAAGUGCUGCGGGAGCUGGCGACAUGUGA